AUGCCUGAAGAAACAUAUUUGCCCCAUGGGCUUGCCCGAAGCGGACUACAGGGCCCGGAAAAACGAAAAGGACAUCUUCGAGAUGAAUCACGCCGAGGAGGAUCCGUCGAUCACUAUACAGUUGGGUGGAUUUGCGCUUUGCAGGAGGAAUACGAGAGCGCUUGCCGAAUGCUAGACGAGGAGCUGAACGAUCUCGAGGUACUUGACGAACGUGAUAAUAAUACAUAUGUUUUUGGUCGUAUUAGUGGUCACUGCGUGGUUAUCGGAUGUCUCCCACCAGGCAGAUAUGGAACGAACUCGGCAUCUCGCGUUGCCCAAGAUAUGGUGCGCAGUUUCCCUUCCCUACGGUUCGCCUUGAUGGUGGGCAUUGGAGGAGGUCUACCAACCCCCCAACGUGACAUCAGGCUUGGGGACGUUAUAGUGGGAACCCCGAGUGGGACAUUGGGUGGGGUGGUGCAGUAUGAUCUUGGGAAAUUAUUGCCAGGUGGCAGCUUCCAACCAACUGGGCAUCUCGAUGCUCCUCCAGAUAAGCUACUGGGCGCAAUACCAGAGGUCCGACGACGCUACAACGACCCCAGAACGGCCGAAAGCAUUGGCGAGCACAUCCGGCGUAUGGACGAUAUGCCUGAAUACCGACGGCCAACCAUAGAUUAUCUUUACCACUCUGAUUGCACGCAUCAAGGUGGGCAAAAUUGCCAUCUCUGUGACAGGAAUCAUGUGGUAGAGAGGCCAGACCGCGCAGGGCGGGCUGUGAUUGUUCAUUAUGGGACAAUUGCAUCUGGCAACACUGUGAUUAAGGAUGCCAUCAUGCGCGACCAAUUUGCAAGUUCAACCAUGAACCCUUUGUGCUUUGAGAUGGAAGCAGCCGGACUUAUGAACAAUCUUCCAUGUAUGGUGAUCCGUGGGAUAUGUGACUACUCUGACUCACAUAAGAAUGAUGAGUGGCAUAACUACGCGGCCCUCACAGCUGCAGCUUAUGCCAGGGAGCUGCUUCUUACCUUGCGACGUCACAAAGUGGCUCAGCUACCUCUCUGGAAGGAGAAGACCAAACCCGUAGGUAAAUUGAUCUCUGCUGUACCUUCUGGAAGCCCGCUCGUAGAGAGGAACUGA